AUGGAGCAAGCCGACGCAAACCAGAUGGAUGUUUUUGCGGACGUUGACCCGCGCCGAUUAUCGCAAAAUCGUGCCAGCGUACCAGGCGUGUCUAUGCCAAAUUUCGCGCAUCGAGAAGGAGCAUCAGUAGUACCGCCGAUGAUAAUCCAGCCGCCAUCGCAGCCUACGUCGACGCCAUCGCAGCCUACGUCGACACCAUCGCUAAUCAACGCGUCACCAGCCAUCAUUAGCAGUGCGGAUAGUGCAACGAUGCUGCAAAUGAUGAAUUUGCUUCAACAGCAAAUGGCACAGCAGCAGCAGCUGCUUAAAGAUUUUCUUCACGCGCAGUUUCAAUACAACAAGGAGACUGGUAUAACCUUCAAAAGCUGGUUUUCACGCUAUCUCGACCUGUUCCAGAAGGACGCGGCAAGGAUCGACGACGCAGCCAAAACUGUGGAAAACCUUACAUGCCUGUUCGACACCCAAGAAUCGCUGCUGAGCAAGCGGUUCAAAUGCUUGCAGAUCAUGAAGACGCGGACCGAGGAUCAUCUCAGCUAUGCGUGUCGAAUUAACAAGGCGUGUGUCGAGUUCGAGCUGAAGAAGUUGAACGAGGAAGAGUUCAAGUGUUUGCUGUACAUGUGCGGGUUGAAAGACGAGAUCGACGCAGACAUCAGGACGCGACUGCUAGCCCGCAUUGAGGAUAAGGCCUGCGUGACCUUGCAACAGCUUUCUUCAGAGUGCCAUCGGUUAAUCAACCUGAAAAAGGAUAGCGCAAUGAUCGAGGCACCGGUACCAGAACGUGUUCUAGCAGUAAACACAAAAAUGCAUCGCGCACCACGUCAGUUCCAACCCAAGCGCGACAAUCCUACUACCCCGUGUUGGUCGUGCGGAGGGCUGCAUUGGAGCCGCGAUUGCCCGUACAAGCAACACCGAUGCACAACUUGUUCCCGGACGGGCCACAAAGAAGGCUAUUGCAACACCAUAAGAUCCCGUAAGCCCAGCAAACGCCCCUGGAAGCAGCGUAAAACACAAUUAAGGAUGGUGAACGUCCAGAGUGUACAGCAACGGCGCAGAUUCGUGUCACUUACGAUGAAUGGUACACCGGUUCGUAUGCAGUUGGACACGGCUUCCGACAUUACUGUGAUAGAUCACACAACGUGGAAGCUCAUUGGCAGUCCCCAGUUAGCAGCACCAUCCGUAAUCGCUAGAACCGCCUCAGGUGCUAACCUAUCCCUGGAAGGAGAGUUUCCGUGCACUGUCGAAGUGAAUGGACAGGUGCUGAUGUUAUCGACGCGUUUGCUCUAUGUUCGGUUCCGAUGGACAGUUUUUGCUGCCACGUUACAGAAAAGUUGGGCUAGAAUAGUUAGGCUAGAAAAGUUGGGCAUAAUAACACCUGUAAAGUUUUCUGAAUGGGCAGCACCGGUAGUAGUGGUUAAGAAGGCAAACGGGAAAAUUCGGCUAUGUGGCGAUCAUUCCACUGGGUUGAACGAAGCGCUAAGACCACAUGAUUACCCGUUACCACUCCCAGAGGACAUAUUUUCAAGGCUAUCCAACUGCACCAUGUUCAGCAAAAUCGACUUAACGGACGCCUUUCUCCAAGUCGAAAUCGAUCCUCAAUACAGACUGCUACUUACCAUAAAUACGCAUAGAGGCUUGUACCACUACAACCACCUACCGCCCGGCAUCAAAGUUGCUCCUGCUGCAUUCCAGCAACUUAAGGAUACAAUGCUCGCAGGGCUUAAGGGCGUAUCAGGAUAUCUUGACGAUAUCAUCGUAGGAGGAAGUAGCGAACACGAGCAUGACACAAAUUUGGCAGAAGUAUUACACAGGCUUCAAGAAUAUGGAUUUACGAUACGAGCCGAUAAAUGUGCUUUUAAACAGCAGAAAAUCACGUACCUUGGACACGUGAUCGAUAGCCACGGGUUACGACCAGAUCCGUCAAAAAUCGAGCUUAUAAAGAAGCUCCCUGAACCGAAAGACAUAUCCGGUAUGAGAUCAUUUCUGGGAGCAAUUAACUAUAACGGGAAGUUCAUCCCGAAUAUGAGGAAGCUGCGAUAUCCGUUAGACAAUUUGCUUAAGGCAAAUAAUUCAUUCUGCUGGACGCCAGAAUGCAAAAAGUCGUUCGCAACGUUCAAGUCUCUCCUAUCGUCCGACCUACUUCUAACGCACUAUAAUCCACGGCAGAAGAUAAUCGUUUCUGCAGAUGCUUCGUCCAUCGGCCUUGGCGCAACGAUUAGCCACGUGUAUCCUGGAGGUGCAAUGCGCGUAAUUCAACAUGCUUCCCGCGCCCUCAGUGAAGCAGAGCGUCAUUACAGCCAAAUCGAUCGCGAAGGCUUGGCUAUCAUCUUCGCUGUUAAAAAGUUUCAUAAAAUGAUCUUCGGCAGGCGUUUUGUUCUUCAAACGGACCAUCGACCUCUUCUUCAUAUUUUCGGCUCGAAGAAUGGUAUCCCGACCGUCACUGCAAACCGUUUGCAGCGUUUUGCACUCACUCUUCUAGCGUAUGAUUUCAGCAUAGAGUAUGUACGCACCGAUGACUUCGAAAACGCUGACUUGCUUUCGCGCGUGAUCAACACACAAGCCAAACUUGAAGAAGACACCGUGAUCGCAUGCAUAGAAACAGACAUCAAAGCAAUGGUGGUAAGUGCGCUUCAUAACACUCCACUUCAUUUCGCAGACCUUAUCAGAGAAACACGGAAAGACCCCCUACUGCAAAAGCUCGUGCAUUACAUACGUGAAGGAUGGCCCAGUAAUGCAACCUACACAGGGGAAUUUUCUCGUUUCUUCGCACGUAAGGAUGCUUUAUCAACCGUUGAUGGUUGUAUUUUGUUCUGGGAGAGGGUGGUGAUUCCUCGAGUUCUACAACAGCAAUGUCUGCAACAAAUACACCACGGUCAUCCUGGCAUACAACGGAUGAAAGCAUUGGCCAGAAGCUACCUUUAUUGGCCAUCAUUGGACGCUGACAUCACGGAAUGGGUCAAAACAUGUAACGCGUGCCAAGCAGUUGCACGAUCACCCCCUCACUCAAGCCCCGUUCCAUGGCAGCGCAUUCAUGUGGACUAUGCUGGUCCACUAGAUGGAGAUUUCUACCUCAUCGUAGUAGAUUCGUUCACGAAAUGGCCUGAAGUAUUUCGAACGAGCAGCACUACAUCCGCAGCAACCAUCGGCAUCUUACGCGGAAUAUUCGCCCGGUACGGUGUUCCAACCACUCUAGUAUCUCAUAACGGUACGCAGUUUACGAGCGAAGAUUUUAAGUUUUUUUGCUUCCAGAACGGCAUCGAGCACAUAACGACGGCACCCUAUCAUCCGCAGUCGAACGGGCAGGCUGAAAGGUUCGUUGAUACUUUCAAGCGGACCGUUAAGAAAAUAUCAGCCGAUGGGAGAACGAUGCAAGAGGCGCUGGAUGCAUUCCUACUGUCCUACCGAAGUACUCCGAGCUCCGUGUUAGAAGGGCUAAAAUCACCAGCGGAGAUAAUGUUUGGCAGUCCAAUGCGUACAACCUUAGACCUAUUACGUCCACCACUCGCAGGAGGGUUAACAGACAGUCCAGUAGCAGCUAAACGCAGGGAAUUUCGCCCGUCCGACCUGGUAUAUGUUAAGUGUUACUCUCGCAACGGUUGGAGUUGGACAGCUGGGACCAUUGUUAGCCGCAUUGGAAACGUAAUGUACACCGUCAGGACAGUCGAUAGAAAGACCAUAAGAAGCCACGUGAACCAGCUGCGCGAGCGCCGUGAACGUCAUCAUCAUCGUCAUCGUGAAUCAUCGGAGUCUGACGGUUUACCGCUAGAUAUUCUUUUGGAUUCCUACCACCUUACUCCGCAACCGACGACAUCAACAGCCGAACCAUCAUCAGCAUCGCUACAGCAUACUACAUCUACACACAUGAGCGAAUCGGUGCAUCACACCCGCAAACGUCAGCAGUCAUCGAUCCGCGUACGGCCUCAAACGCGGAACCGCUGCAUCCAACGAAUUCCCCAAUUCCGGUACAAGCUCCAACCCGAGAACCACGUCGCUCUUCUAGGCAUAGAAGACCGCCCAGUAGGAUCGACCCGUACAGGCGUUUUUAAAAGAGGGGAGAUGUUGGGUGCGUACGAGCAGGGUACUCACGCGCCCUCUCUGCGAGAUGUUUUCUCUCGUCGGUUGAUGGGCACGAGUGUCCUAGCGAGAGAUUCGUCCCGAUCCGCGAUCCCGAUUGUUACUCGUUACACGAUCGGGAUGCGAGCGGCAGUCGGGAUACAGCUAGCAACGAAUGUGGUGUGGUGUCAUUACAAGGCGGGAAUAAAUUAAGUUUAUUUAUUGUAGUUUAUCUAAUUUACGUUGUGUCGUAAACACUUAUUCGGCCACUUAUCACACGGCGUACGU